GACAUGACACAAGUGGCACAUCCUGGCCAUGGGGUCCCAGCAGUCCGCUUAUGCUCACCCCGCUUCUUGCAAGCGGAAGAAGGCAGAUGACAGGGAGGAUUUGCUGGCUGAACGGGAGCAGGAAGAAGCCAUUGCUCAGUUCCCAUAUGUGGAGUUCACAGGGCGAGAUAGCAUCACCUGUCUCACGUGCCAGGGGACAGGCUACAUUCCAACAGAGCAAGUAAAUGAGUUGGUGGCUUUGAUCCCACACAGUGAUCAGAGAUUGCGUCCUCAGAGAACUAAGCAGUAUGUCCUCCUGUCUGUUCUGCUCUGUCUCCUGGCAUCUGGUUUGGUGGUUUUCUUCCUGUUUCCACAUUCGGUCCUCGUGGAUGAUGACGGCAUCAAAGUGGUGAAAGUCACGUUUAAUGAGCAGGACUCCCUUGUAAUCCUCGCCAUCACGGCCACCCUGAAAAUCAGGAACUCCAACUUCUACUCUGUGGCGGUGACCAGCCUGUCCAGCCAGGUUCAGUACAUGAACACCGUGGUGAAUUUUACCGUGAAGGCUGAAAUGGGAGGACCAUUUUCCUAUGUGUACUUCUUCUGCAGGUUACCCGAUAUCCUGGUGCACAAUACAGUGGUCUUCAUGCGAACUUCAGUGAAGAUUUCCUACAUUGGCCACAUGACCCAGAGCUCCUUGGAGACACAUCACUAUGUGGAUUGUGGAGCAAAUUCCACCGCUGUUUAGAAACUGCUCGUGGUUCUUCCAUGGCAGCACCUGUCAGAAGAGACACAGCAUCUGUUCCCGGGGCCUGAGCCCUGUACCUACCCCAGGGGGUAGAACCAGAGGAGAAAUUGGUUCUCUCAGUCCCCAGCAGACAUCCUCCUGCCACUAGGGAGGAAAACUCCUCUCUGUAGCGCCAUUUACUUUUCUCAGAACCAGCAGGAUCACUGCCUAGUGCCUAGCCUAUGCCCAGCAAAUAGUAGGCACUCAAAGAAGGUUUGAAGAGUUUAACUGAGAUCUUUUCAGCUGUUCUUGGGCCAUUAUCAGUUAAAAUCAUA